AUGUUCUCGUUUUUUUCAGUGUCGGCUCGAGUGGCAGCAUUACUGCUAUAUCUGCAGCUGCUCGUAUCUUUUUCUCGCACUUCAUCUGCCUUUGCUCGACGAGCAGAGGGGCACGACAGUCAACGCUCAGCACUGUUGCAAACAGGACCGCGAUCGAGUUCCUCCACAAGACGGGUUGCGGACCACCCGUACAAGAUCACCAUCCGCAAUCGUAGUCCUUCACGAAGCAGGAGUCUGGAUCUCUAUUAAGGCUACAAGAAAUCCAUCUUCGCAGGCAUAACUAAGCUUGGGUCUCUUUUUUUAUUUAGAAAUUUUCAAGGGAAAGGGGGUCGAAGAUGCUGCUGAAGAUGGAUUUCGCUUGGUUCUAACUCUUUGCGCGCAGUCAGGAACAAAAUGCCCAUCCGUCCAUCGAAGCUACUACGCGUCCAACAAGUAGUACACGAAGAACCCCGUCAGUGGAGGUCGUGGAGCAUAUAAUUGAGCCGCGUCAUCGAUCCCCUUUGCGCUAUGGCGUAGCACCUGGACGCGGGUCUGGAUUUCCUGGUGGCUUGAAUCCUUUGUCGGGCUUCAUAGGCGCUGGCGCAACGAGAGGAUCACCGACCAGUGCGGGGGGACGCGGAGGUGGCUCUUUGUCGCGAUUUCCUCCGUCGACUACUGCCCAUUUUGCUGGCCCAUCGCCUGGCAUGUUUCAGGCCAUGAUCAUGGGCCAGACUUUUGCUGGGAGAGGCCGAAAUCAUGUGACUCUCCAAAAUCCACAAGUGUUUCAAAUUCAACCUGCGCGAGGACGAUCAGCGUCUCCUUCCCGUGGUAUCUUUGCAUCCCCUCGUGCCGCACCUUCUCCACCAGGCUCAAUUAAGAGCGGUAGUUGCGUAUCUGCUAUACUUAAUCAUGAUUUUUACGUCCAAGUAGUAUUAGAGGAGGACGCUUCCUGCCCGUGCCUACUUAAAGUUUUCAGUCGUUAGGGAGAUCGAUUGGCAACAUAAACAUUCGAUGAAAAGAACUGUAACACCACCACAGACAGGGAAACCUUCGGCAACUUGCUGAAUAGAUUCACAUCAACAAGACCACAGGCAGGGGUGACAUUACUUCCUCUUUCACUAGGAAAUAAAGUGAGCAAUUGAAGAAUGAUCUUCACCACUAACUCAACGUCUGAGGAAAUAAAGUGAGCAAUUGAAGAAUGAUCUUCACCACUAACUCAACGUCUGAGGACGAUUCUUCGCCAGUCGCCGGUCGCUGCGCCUCGUUUUGGUCAAAGCCUAAGCCACUCGUGUGUGCUGCCUAUGCGUUGGGUGCACUAG